AUGUCCUUAACAGACAAAGAAAAGGUGCAGAUAUUGGAUAGGUUAGGGACACACCUAGACGAUGAUAAGUCAAAGAGAGACCAAGCCGAUGCUUACCAGAUUCGUUCUGAGCUUGGACCCAUUUAUACGCCUGUGACAUGGUCCGCGUCAGAAGAGCAAGUUAACGAAGGCUGGGGUCCUCUCGCUUCAGUGAUUGAAAAAUGCAACAAUCUCACCGACCUUAUUUGGAGCUGCGAGAAUCAGUUUCCGCCGUGUCUCUUGAGGGCCAUUGAGCGAAAACAUCCAAAUUGCCGACUGCACCUCCGACUAUUCCGCUUUCACAGCCUGACAGCUUCUGGCGAGGUAGAUGGCUACGAGCGAGAACUCGUUGAGUCGUUUAAUUUGCACAGUAUCAGUGUGAGACCGUUCCCGAACGGAUUGAAUGGCAAGCCCGAUUAUAACAUGGAUGCCUUUUAUCAUGUGCUUAAUGCGGCGCCAAAUCUAAAACAUGUCAGCAUUCUUCCUGCAAGUCAAUCGGAAGAACUGGGUCGCAGUUUAGCGGAGGAUGAUGGGUGGAAAGGAUUCCAGCCGCCUUUGAGGAGCUUGGAAGAAAGAUCUCUCUCCUCACUCAUGCUGCUCUAUGGUCAUGAACUGAAAGUAGAGGAUCUAUCAAAACUGUCCAAAUACACCGAUCUGUCCAAGAUACGCUUCUUGACCCUUGAAGGUGUGACUGACCCCGAGGUUUUCACUUAUCUUAGUAAAAAUGUCACUUUUGCAUCUCUCGAGAUGCUUGAUAUACAUUCGUGUCCGCAAGGUGAUAGGGGUGAUAGUACAUCAUUUGCUGCUGCAUUUAGCUCCCUCUUAAACAACCUAGAGCCCCUGAAAGAUGUUCGUCUGUCGGGGUAUCUAAUGAAUUCUUUGGUUGAAUCGGUCGUGCGGCGACAUGGUCAGACCUUACUCAACAUGACCUUGCACCCUCUGGAUGAUAGGAGGAGUUUGUGCGGAUUGUACUGUCCCUUUUUCGCCCGCCGAACCGGCACCACUUUAUUAGACAAAUACUAUUUUUGUGAAGUUUGUCCGGAUCUGCACAGUCUCCGAGAAUUAACCCUACACUUUGAGGAUAUGAGAGAUGUGGGAAGGGAAUAUCCUGUCACAUUUUAUCCCUCUAAAGAGACAUUUCACAGUGCCGUUGAAGAAGUCUGGAAGAUGAUACAGGAAAGGAAAGAGAAGCCUUUGAGUGCACUUCACGCGAUAGCCCCUGCCGGUCUCUGUGUUUUUACAAAGACCUUGGGCACGAGCGACAAGGAAUCCUCGAUACCAAUCAACGGACAUGAUAAGAGACCGACUUAUAGAACACACGAAUACAUGUUCCGCGCCCUCCCAGGAGCAGAUUUUGACCUUGAGUGA